GGAUUCACUGCAGUCUUUCCCAACCUUACCAGAACGAGCAUCUAACCCUAGAUGCUAUCACAUAUCUGACGGCCAAGGUUCAGUCUUCGGUCUUCUCUUCUAUCAAACCCUAUCAUAAAUUGGCCUCUUCUCCAGUCUUCUCUUCUACCACUAACAAACGCGAGCUCCGACUCUGCAUCGCCUUCCCCUUAUCUAUCGGCUUCUCUGCACAAGUCGUCGGCUUUUAGUAAUCGGGAAGGAUGUCGGACGAGGAGCACCAGUUCGAGAACAAGGCCGACGCCGGAGCAUCCAAGACCUUCCCCCAGCAAGCCGGUACUGUCCGUAAGAACGGAUACCUGCUCAUUAAAAACCGCCCUUGCAAGGUUGUGGAAGUCUCAACAUCCAAGACUGGCAAGCAUGGUCAUGCUAAGUGCCACUUUGUUGCGAUUGAUAUAUUCACUUCUAAGAAACUUGAAGACAUUGUUCCUUCUUCACAUAACUGUGAUGUGCCUCAUGUUACCCGUACAGAUUACCAGCUUAUUGAUAUCUCAGAGGAUGGAUUUGUGAGUCUGCUCAUGGAAAAUGGUGAGACCAAGGAUGACCUCAAACUUCCAACUGAUGAUAAUCUGCUGGCACAGAUCAAGGAUGGAUUUGCUGAAGGGAAGGACCUUAUUGUGACCGUCAUGUCUUCCAUGGGUGAGGAGCAGAUCUGUGCCGUUAAGGAUAUUGCACCCAAGUAAAACUUCUGGUGGUGGUGUUGUGGGAUUUGCCGUUUGGCUGCACUGCUCAUUCUGUCGGCCAAUUCGUUGAAAUUCUUCUCCCAUUUCAUUUGUUUUGAUAUUUAUGUUGUCCUUGAUAUUUAGGUUUCUUUGGGUUCAAGGAUUUUGUGCAAGCGCAACUACUCUUCACAUAGCAUAUGCUAUCAUGAUAUAUACACUCACUAGUAUCUUUACCCGUGCCGUGCACGGGAUAAAAUGAUUUUGUUGUUUAGUUUUAUUAAUGGGAAAUCACUUAUUUAAUCGAUUAUAACAUUGGUUUAAAAUGCAUGUUCUAAUUUAUUGAGUAUGACUUAUUUUUUAACUAAUUAUCUAAACAUGUUUGCGGUCUAAACCUAGUAA